ACACACACACACAGGGUCAGAGAGAAUAAUUAAAACCAGACAACCUUAAGAUGACUUGGAAUAAAGUAGUUUUGCUCUUUUUCUCUUCAACAUUUAACAGAGGCUCAUUUGGAAAGGAGGAAAACAUUUAACCAGCAAGGGGGAGGGGAGAAAAAGAAGUAUACACUGACACGAGCUAUUCAGAUUCAGUUUGCUUCAUCAAUCGCUCAUUGAUUUAUGGAUUUAAAUUUAUGAAAGUGACUUUAUGAGACAUGAUUUGGUAUCUUUUUCACAGCUUCAACACUGAAAUGAUCUAGGCAUCAUUUAACAUCCCAAGUUCCAGCUAAAUUUAUAUUUAAAGUACGAGGUACGAGGCAAGAAGACAUGAGGGCGCAAACCUUCCCAAGGGCGCAAAUUCUGCAGGAGUUAAGUUUGCGAUGCCAGGCACUCGCAGCCAAUGACAACAGGGGCUUUAAACAGGAGUUUGAGGAGCUAGAUGACGUUGGCAAAAACCUCCCCACCCGAGCAGGAGACUCAAAGGCCAACAGAGAAAAGAACAGAUACCCCUACAUACUGCCAUAUGACCACUGUCGCGUCAGGCUGUCAGUCCAAAACUCCCAACCACACACUGACUACAUCAACGCAAAUUUUGUGCCUGGUGGAGGCUCAGAAAGAGACUUCAUCUGCACCCAGGGUCCUUUGCACAAUACCAUGGCUGACUUCUGGAGGAUGGUGUGGGAGCAAAACGUCAGGAUAAUCGUCAUGGUGACAGCUCUGAGACACAAGGACAUAGUGCUGUGUGAUAGGUAUUGGCCUCUAGAACGAUGCACUGCUGAACAUGGACUGAUCCAAGUGACAACAGUGACCUGCAAACAAGGUCCAGAUUAUUUUAUCACCACCAUUAACCUCAGACAGAGAGCUUGUUCAACAGUCAGGAUAAUCACACAGUACUACUACCCUGCCUGGCCGGACCGGGGCAUCCCUAAAGAUGUAUCCUCACUGUGUGCCUUCACUGAGCACGUGCGGCAGGAAUUGGAAGCUAUUCCACUCCUGGGGCCGGCUGUGGUGCACUGCAGUGCAGGUGUUGGGCGCUCAGGGACAUUUGUGACGUUGUUGUGGCUGAUGCAGCUGUGCGCGAGGGGCAUCCGGCCUGAUAUCCGGGCUGCUGUGGAGGAUCUACGGCUACAUCGAAUGUGGAUGGUCCAAAAUCUGGAGCAGUACAUAUUAGUUCACCACUGUCUGCUACGCUGGCUCAGCGGGGGAACAUCAGCAUGCAGGCCACAAGUUCAGGAAGCCAGUUCAAAAAUUAACCACCACAGUCAAGAUCAACCCCAUAGCUCCAUGGGCCGUUCAGGGAGGAGACAGCGCCAUCAUCGGCACACAGUUCCAUCACACCAACCACAGAACACAUUCCAGCAGAUUUUAAACCCCGGGAUGCUACUGAGGAGGUUACUGCCUUCCUCAUCACUGUUUAAUCCAGGCUCACAUGCUUCCUGAAUUUAUAAACUGUAAAGCUGAUAAUACGAAAACAGUCAAGACUAAAACUAUUAUGCAUGCCCUCAUACAGCACCUAAGAAGGAAGGACACUGCAGAAAUAAAGCUGUGAGCUCUGUAUGACAAUAAUAGCAGGUGAAGUAAUAACAGGUGAAGAACUGGCUGGACAUGCAGAUACAUGCUGGUGAAGAAACAGCAGACAAAGCAGUAGCAAGGAAAAAUUAAGGGAGUAACCUGCCAGUUAGGUCAAACCUGUUCCUCUACUAUGAGAUUCAUGAGAACAAGCGGCUGCUCCUUUUGCAUACAGAUACAUGUAAAUAUGAUUGUACAUUGUACAUUUUGUCCAGCUACCAAAUGUACAAAAUGUUUAUUUUUGAACUUUGUUUGCCUCCACUAUUGAUGAAGUGAUGUUUCUAGAUGACUUUUAUUUAGUAUUUCUUUGUGUGAAAAAUCAUUGUGCAUCAUUUAAUAGCACACACUUCUAAGGAUGCGUGUGCAGAAGUGAUAGCAUACUUGCUAGAAAGGCCGACACAUGGUAUAGUGGCUGUACAAAAAGGGUCAUGUUUCAAAAACACACAGGCACUGCCAUUCUCCUUAAAUGACUGAAACCCAUUACAGUACAUGAAGGAGCUAUGAGUUUUAUACAUUAAAGAACAUAAAGGGCUAACCCCACUUUAUAGUCUUUCAUCUGUCAUGUAAUAAACAUGUAUAAUACAAUA